AUGGCAGAUGAUAUUAAGGAGGCCCCUAACUUUGGAGGUGACUCCUAUCCAAUUGAUACACAGAAGGCGGACAUGGAAGAGCAGCAUGAAGUCUUCAAGAGAGGCGAUGGUCAAGUUGAUUUCCGGACCGUGAGCUGGAUUCGAGCUGGUGUGAUCUUCUUGAAGAUCAUAUUCGCGACCGGUGUACUCUCUAUCCCAUCUUUAAUGUACGAUUUGGGUGCUCUCCCUGGUGCCCUCAAUGUGAUCGGAUGGACUCUCCUCAACACGUACUGUGCCCUCGUGCAAGGAAAUUUUCGCAAUAAAUACCCCGGCUGUCACUCCAUUGCCGACAUGGCACAGGUUGUCGGAGGGCCCAUUUUAAAAGAAGUAGUCGGCUUCUUGUUCACAGUCAGUUACGUGAUUGUCGCUGCGUCUGGUAUAAUCGGAGUCUCGACCGCGCUGAAUGCGCUGUCAUUGCACGCCAUCUGCACAGUUUGGUUUUCUUUUAUCGCUACAGUGGUAAUCGCGGCCUGUGCUAGUGUUCGAAAAUUCUCACACAUCGGCUGGCUCACCUGGGUUGGCUUCGCGAGCGUAUAUGUCGCCGUCUUCAUCAUUGUUAUUGGUGUAACCGUAAGAGAUCGUCCAGCUGCUGCACCCCAGACUGGUGACUUCGAACUGGGAUACAGAGUCAUUGGAAACCCUAGCUUCACCACCGGCAUCACAGCUGCCGCAACUAUAUUCGUCUCCAGUGCAGCGACUUCUGCAUUCCUACCAGUCAUUUCGGAGAUGCGCAAGCCUAAGGACUACCCCAAGGCCGUCUAUUUCAGCAUGAGUCUUGUGACUGCCUCUUACCUAACAUUUAGCCUGGUGAUCUAUGCCUGGUGUGGACAGUGGAUUGCGUCGCCCUCACUCGGCAGCGCGGGUACAACAGUGAAACGAAUUGCGUAUGGAAUUGCGCUUCCUGGCCUUAUUAUAAGUGGGUGUCUGUAUGUCCACGUUGCGGCGAAGUAUUUAUUUGUACGAAUCCUGCGUACCUCACGUCAUCUGCAAGCGAAUACGCUUGUGCAUUGGGGAACCUGGCUAAGCUGUACGAUCGGCAUGGCUGCCAUUUCUUUCAUCCUUGCAUGUGCUAUUCCUAUCUUCAACUACGUGUUAGCGCUUGUGGGUGCAUUGUGUUUUGCACCAUUGGCAAUUACUCUGCCUGGGUGGCUGUGGCUUCAUACCCACGCGGAUUACUGGAAAGGAAAUGUUUUCCGAAAGCUAGUGUAUGGGGUUCAUGUUUCUCUGCUAUUCUUAGGGCUGUUUAUGGCGGUUGGCGGGACCUAUGGAGUUAUUGUGCAGAUCAACGAGGCAUAUCGCGAUGGGCAGAUCUCGUCGGCCUUUUCGUGUGCCGACAAUAGCGGAUCAAGUUGA